CGUGAAUGAAAUGAAGCUAUAUAUUUAUUUUGAGACGAAUCCUGACCAGAUUCUUCAAGCAUUCGAUCCCUUCGUCGGUGAUGGGCGUUUCGAGGUCCCGAAUCUCCUCCAGGAAAGGGAGGAACGUUUUGAUCCGCCGGACGAGGGCCAUACAUUCUUUCCGGUGGCUUCUCCGGUAAUCUCCCAACUGGGCGACGGAUCCGAUCACCUUCAAUAUCUCUUGAAUGACGGCGUUUCCAUCUCGCGGCGAGGUCGAUUCGAUCUCGUCUCCGGAUUCCACCCCUCCAUUCUCAUCAUCGUCCAUCGAGCUUCAAGUUUUGUUGUUCUUAAUAUUAUCUUUUUUCCUUUUGUGAUUAAUCAGCGGAAAGAAUUUUGGUUGAUAUGCGAAGAAGAGAGUAAAAAAAAAAAAAAAGAA